AUGUCAGACGAAUAUUGGAUUAUAUCUGCACCGGGCAAAUCAACACCACGACAAACCUAUGAUGAAGUUUGUCAAGCCACUGGACGUGAUCAAUUAUCACAAAAUUAUGUAUUUAAUAUUCCUGAUUUAAAGGUUGGUACACUCGAUUCACUUGUUGCACUUUCGGAUGACCUUGCUCGACUUGACGGAUACAUUGAGGGAGUUACAAAAAAAUUAACUCAAUUCUUUUUUCAUGACGUACUCGAAGAUGAUCGUAAUCGUCUUGCUGAAAAUCUUGUUGUUGGUCAAAAUGGUGUUGAUCCAAUCCGUUAUGUAACCGAAUUUCAAUGGGAUCAUGCAAAAUAUCCAACAAAACAAUCAUUAAAAAAUCUUUCGGAAAUUAUUGCAAAAGCAGCAAGUCAUAUUGAAAGCGAACUUAAACUUCGUAGUCAAUCAUACAAUAGUGUUAAGCAAAAUUUGGAAUCAUUAGAAAAAAAACAAUCUGGUAGUUUAUUAACACGUAAUUUAAAUGAUGUUUUAAAAAAAGAACAUUUUGUCUUGGGUAGUGAAUAUUUAAAAACAUUAUUAGUUUGUGUACCAAAAACUUUAAUGAAUGAUUGGCAUGCUAAAUAUGAAUCAUUAUGUACAAUGAUUGUACCACGUACAACAGAAUUAGUAACACAAGAUCAAGAUUAUGCAUUAUUUACUGUAACAUUAUUUCAAAAAACAGAAGAUACAUUUAAACAUAAAUGUCGAGAAAAUAAAUUUACUGUACGAGAAUUUACAUUUGAUGAAAAAGCAUUGGCAAAUGAACGUGAAAAAAUUCGAGAACUUGAAACUGAACGACAAAAACUUUAUGCUAAUCUUGUUCGUUGGCUUAAAAUUAAUUUUGGUGAAAUUUUUUCAGCAUCUAUGCAUAUCAAGGCAUUACGAGUUUUCGUCGAGUCUGUUCUUAGAUUUGGUUUACCAGUUAAUUUUGUUGCUAUGGUUAUUCAUCCAACACGAAAAUCAACAAAACGUUUACGUGAUGCACUUGAUCAAUUAUUUGGCUAUCUUGAUCAAUCGAAUAAAUCAAAACAUGAUGAACAAAUUGACAUUCCCGGUGUAUUUUCUUCACAACAAGAAUAUUAUUCAUAUGUUUACUUCAAAUUGGAUCUUGAUUAUAUUGAUAUGAAUAAGAAAUAA